CGGGGAGCCUCUAGGCGGAGAGGCUCCCGCCCACCCGCCCUGAGCCGCGGCGUCCGCAUGGAGGAGCCGCGCGCUCCGCCAGCCGGGUCGGGGCCGCUCCCACCGCCGCUGCAGGGAGGCGGAGCCGCCGAUGUUCCGGAGCCCGGAGCCCGGCAGCACCCGGGACACGAGACGGCGGCGCAGCGGUACAGCGCCCGCCUGCUGCAGGCCGGCUACGAGCCUGAGAGCAUGGCGGACUACCUGAUCAGCGGCGGCACCGGUUACGUGCCCGAGGAUGGGCUCACUGCGCAGCAGCUGUUCGCCAACGCCGACGGCCUCACCUACAACGAUUUCCUGAUUCUCCCAGGAUUCAUAGACUUCACAGCUGAUGAGGUGGACCUGACUUCAGCCCUGACUCGGAAGAUCACGCUGAAGACACCACUCAUCUCCUCCCCCAUGGACACUGUGACAGAGGCUGACAUGGCCAUCGCAAUGGCUCUGAUGGGCGGUAUCGGUUUCAUUCACCACAACUGCACUCCAGAGUUCCAGGCCAACGAGGUGCGAAAGGUCAAGAAGUUUGAACAGGGCUUCAUCACGGACCCUGUGGUGCUGAGCCCCUCGCACACCGUGGGUGACGUGCUAGAGGCCAAGAUCCGGCAUGGCUUCUCUGGCAUCCCCAUCACCGAGACGGGCACCAUGGGCAGCAAGCUGGUGGGCAUCGUCACCUCCCGAGACAUCGACUUCCUCGCAGAGAAGGACCACACCACCCUCCUCAGUGAGGCAAAUGUUCCUGUGGCCCCACAGGUGAUGACACCGCGGAAUGAGCUGGUGGUGGCUCCAGCGGGUGUGACACUGAAAGAGGCAAACGAGAUCCUGCAGCGCAGCAAGAAAGGGAAGCUGCCCAUUGUCAAUGAUCGAGAUGAGUUAGUGGCCAUCAUUGCCCGCACUGACCUGAAGAAGAACCGGGACUACCCUCUGGCCUCCAAGGAUUCCCACAAGCAGCUGCUGUGCGGGGCGGCCGUGGGCACCCGUGAGGAUGACAAAUACCGCCUGGACCUGCUCACCCAGGCGGGCGCCGACGUCAUAGUGCUGGACUCAUCCCAAGGGAACUCUGUGUAUCAGAUCGCCAUGGUGCAUUACAUCAAGCAGAAGUACCCCCGCCUCCAGGUGAUUGGGGGGAAUGUGGUGACGGCAGCUCAGGCCAAGAACCUGAUUGAUGCUGGUGUGGACGGGCUACGUGUGGGCAUGGGCUGCGGCUCCAUCUGCAUCACCCAAGAAGUGAUGGCCUGUGGUCGGCCCCAGGGCACUGCCGUGUACAAGGUGGCUGAGUACGCCCGGCGCUUCGGGGUGCCAGUCAUAGCCGAUGGUGGCAUCCAGACCGUGGGGCAUGUGGUCAAGGCCCUGGCCCUUGGUGCCUCCACAGUGAUGAUGGGCUCCCUGCUCGCUGCCACCACGGAGGCCCCCGGCGAGUACUUCUUCUCGGAUGGUGUGAGGCUCAAGAAGUACCGGGGCAUGGGCUCGCUGGACGCCAUGGAGAAGAGCAGCAGCAGCCAGAAGCGCUACUUCAGCGAGGGAGAUAAGGUGAAGAUCGCGCAGGGGGUCUCGGGCUCCAUCCAGGACAAAGGCUCCAUUCAGAAGUUCGUGCCCUACCUCAUAGCGGGCAUCCAGCAUGGCUGCCAGGAUAUCGGUGCCCGUAGCCUGUCUGUCCUGCGGUCCAUGAUGUACUCAGGAGAGCUCAAGUUUGAGAAACGGACCAUGUCAGCUCAGAUCGAGGGUGGUGUCCACGGCCUGCACUCUUAUGAGAAGCGGCUGUACUGAGGAUGGUGGUGGAGGCCCAGGCGGCGGAGGGGUCAUGCCCCAGGGUCCCCCUUUGGGUUCAGCCUCCCUCCAUAACUGAGUGGUCCACAGAUUUGCACUACUGGUUCCCCAGCUCCUUUCCAGGGAGAGAGGAGGGGAGGCCCUGAGGGUCUGCGGCCCCUCCCUGGGCUUCCCCCGCAGAGUCAGGACUGCUCCCAGGCCGGGCUGCCCUGGGAGCCCCCCGGGUUCCCCCUUCUUCAGUCCCCCUGAGCCCAGCCAGCCUGGGCUCUCAGGCCCUGUGCCUGCCUCAGGUCUUUCUUGCUGCAGCCUGCUCCGGCCCGGCUCCCACCCCUGGGACACGUGGCCCCUCCUGGCUUCUCCUGUAGGUCACCUCCCUCCCUAACCCCCAUCCCAGAAUUGGUGCUCUCCUGGCCCUGCCUCUGGCCCCUUCCCGGGCUGCUGUCCCCUCAGCCAUGUGGCACUUCUGGGCUCCUGACCUAGGCCAGAGGGAGGUCUCUGCCCCCUACCCCUGGCCCUGGACUAUCCAGGCCCUGCUCCUCAGGCCACCCCAUCCCUGGACCUGGGGAGGAGGCUGCCCAUCAUUCCUGACUCACCCCCAUCCCCAGGUGUACCGUUCCUGCCCUCUCCUCUCAGCUGCAGUUGAAGGCUUUAACUUUGCACACUUUGGGGUCACAGUUGCGUCAUUGUAUGUUAAAUAAUCUGAAUAAAUCAAGAGGUUUCAA